GUCGCAAAGGUAACGUCACCGCAAAAUGGUUUCGCCCAGCAAGUUAUGCGGGCAUCCAAUCAAUCGCUUGCAUUGUGGACACAUUUUGCAUAGCCUGCCGGAUCAGAGCUGCACGGAGGCCCUGCUCUGGAAUCUGUAUCGCAAUCAUGUGUCCAGUGCCAAAUAUUACUUGCCAGUCUUGUUGUUUCCCUUAAUCUUCAAUUGGCGCCGGCAAACUAAACGGCGUCUGUGGGCUACAGUGAAGAACUAUUUGGAAACGACGCAUUUCGUCUCGGUAAUAAACGCCUUCACAAUCUACUUGCUAUGCGUCUUUCGGCGACUAAACGGACGUUACGUUUACCUUUACACACCGUUUAUACCCUGCUAUCUGGCCUCGCAGGUGACCUGGUGGGCGCCACCCAAAGUGCUGCAGUUCUACGUGACGGGUGUCACGCAUUCGGCUAUGGAGGCCGUACUACGUCAGCUGGAUGUCAGCCUGGUGCACUCCCGGCCGGCCCAGACUCUGAUAUUCAUGCUGUGCUCGAUGGUUGUACUGCGGCAGCAACAGGCACAUGGCUAUUCUGGUUUCUGGUUCAUCAAGCCGGCCCGGGUGCCGCUGGACUACAACGAGUGGUCCUCUGAGCGGCGUCUUAAGCAGGCCCUAAUGGAAUUACGCACCUAUCUUGGCAUUGGUUUGGUCUUAGAUGUGUUAAAUGCCGUACUGCGUAUGGAACUUAAGAAGCUCAACUUCAAAUCUACCGGUUUUAUGCUAGGUUAUGUGGCGUUAUACAAACUAGUACAAUGUGUGCUGGCGGGCAGAUUGGAGUUAAGGUACACCAAUUUGCUGGCGGCGUUCCUAAGUGGCGGUUCCCUUGGCCUGUUCAAUCGCAAACCCCUAAGCUUCAUGUGCUUGGCCGUGGUCACUGCAAUUCAAGUAUUGUGGCAACAGCUGUGUUCAGUGGAUGCCAACCACAAUAGGCUGCUGGCUGAUGUGCAGCGCAUACCCUGGGCCAAACUGCUUAUUCCACCCAACCUGGCAUAUUUGUUGCACAGCAUGAUCUUCCAGCGUCAUGUUGUGAAUGGUUUGGCCAAAUCAUUUAUUAACAGCACGUGCGAUAAAAACGUGCAACGUGUAUACUCUUUCUUAAACAUGCCUGUGGAAACAAUAAUGACCACAGUUUAUGAAUUACCUAUCACCUCAUUCUUAUUUUAGCUGAAAGAAGAACAAUAACAAUUAUCCCGGCUUUUUCUUAAACAUACUGAGAAAAAGACGUUACAAAACGAAUUUAUAAAAUUUCCGGCCUGCCAACUCGUUGUUAGAAAUUGACUACGCGGCGUUGCCACGUUGUUGACAAACAAAUGAAGCUAAUUCCAACGGUUGUCCAAUUGAAAUAGUUUAAGCUUUUAUGGGGAAAAAUACGAAAGUGAUCAUCAUUAUAUUCUACAUUAAUAUUUAGUGGCCUUUAGACAAAUCCAUCACAUGCUGACGCUAGACAACUGUACGUGAUGAGAAUAAAAAGUAUUUAAUUUGUUGUGC